GUUCAGAUGAAAUCGCUAUCCGGCGUCCAUGAACCGCGAUCGACACGUUGCCGGAUCCGGCACGGAUAUGUCACCGGCCGUUCCUGGAUCUAACGCUUCACAUCACUGAGCAAAAGUGAUGAUGUCUAUGGCUCGUCCCUGUGAGCGGCGCUUGUGGACUUUAAUAGCUGUUGUUGCUGCCACCUAUACUCUUUCAUGCCUUCUUUACACCUUCCUUGAUCGAGAGCAGUCUCCACUGCUUCUUCGCCCUGCCGCCCUCUGGUGGAAGAGUGAUGCUCAACCCUAUAACAUGACGCUACUUGACGGAAAGAAUGAUAUGGAAUGGCUAAUAGAUUUGCCUGACUUUCAUUUCCUCAUCAAUAACAAGCGUUGUGAUGGAGAAAAAGAUGUCUUCUUGAUGGUAUUCGUCCAUUCUGCUCCUACAAAUUUUCGCAAGCGACAAGUGAUUAGGGAAACUUGGGGCAGUGAAAGCAACUUAAUCCAUGACCCAAUGCGAGUUGUCUUCCUGCUGGGCACUGUUGCAGAUUCGGAGGUGCAACAUCGAAUCCAAGAAGAAAAUGAAAUCUACCACGACAUCGUGCAGGGGACCUUUGAAGACAGCUAUCGUAAUCUCACUUACAAGCACGUCAUGGGUCUGAAGUGGGUCACAUACUUCUGUCGUCAAGCUAGAUUUGUCUUUAAAAGUGACGACGACAUCUUCGUUGACAUAUUUCAGCUUACUUCUUUUCUAAAAGACACUUUUGGCCAGACUGGUGGUGUGGCAAAUCUCAUCAUGUGUUAUUUGGUGCACUCGCCUCAUGUGAAACGCAGUCAACGUAGUAAAUGGCGUGUGAGUUUUAGAGAAUAUCCCUUUCGAAAGUAUCCAACAUACUGUUCUGGUUGGGGAGUGUUAAUGAGUCCUGAUGUAGUGUUUAAGUUAUAUCUCCUGUCUUCCAAAGUACCCUAUUUUUGGAUUGAUGAUGUCCACAUCACAGGCACUUUAGCAAGUCGUCUUGGCAUCUCUCAUGUAGAUUUCAGUGAUAAACUUGAUCUGACAUCCGUGAACAUGGACAAAUGGCUUAACAGCGAGCACUUAGUUAGGCCGUUUUUAUUUGGGUAUCCCGAUUCGGAUGCUGAAACUAUUUUUGCUCUUUGGAAUCGAACUAUGCAGUAUUAUUCAAAUAAAGUUACUAUGAAUUACAAUAGGUAGCAUGAACAAUGUACUUUAGGAUAAUUCUUGGUACAGAACCGAAUUCUGUCAAAAAUUAUAUUUAAAAAAAAAAAAAAAAGAGCUGUUUUACAGAUUUACCUUUUGACAAAAAAUGUAAUUGAUUUAUGUUUGACAAAUCAUUUCUUGCAGAACUCAAACAACAACGUACAGAAUGUUUUCGGUUGUUCUGUUUUUGAACUUAUUCAUUGAUUUAAUUGCUUAAAUAUGUCACUUCAUCUGUUCUGUAAACUAAAUAAUGUUUUAGUAGACAUUUCAUGUUUUAUAAACUUUCUU